AUGGCCGACGUGGCAUUAUUCUCAUGGGAAUUACAGCUUUCGACAAAGUUUUGCAUACAGUCAGAAAGCUGCCCUCCAGUCAGAAAGCUGCCCUCCAGUCAGAAAGCUGCCCUCCAGUCAGAAAGUUGCCCUCCAGUCAGAAAGCUGCCUUCCAGUCAGAAAACUGCCUUCCAGUCAGAAAGCUGGCUUCCAGUCAGAAAGCUGCCUUCCAGUCAGAAAGCUGCCUUCCAGUCAGAAAGUUGCCUUCUAGUCAGAAAGUUGCCUUCUAGUCAGAAAGUUGCCUUCCAGUCAGAAAGCUGCCUUCCAGUCAGAAAGCUGCCUUCCAGUCAGAAAGUUGCCUUCCAGUCAGAAAGUUGCCUUCCAGUCAGAAAGUUGCCUUCCAGUCAGAAAGUUGCCUUCCAGUCAGAAAGUUGCCUUCUAGUCAGAAAGUUGCCUUCUAGUCAGAAAGUUGCCUUCCAGUCAGAAAGCUGCCUUCCAGACAGAAAACUGCCUUCCAGUCAGAAAGCUGCCUUCCAGUCAGAAAGCUGCCUUCCAGUCAGAAAGCUGCCUUCCAGUCAGAAAGCUGCCUUCCAGUCAGAAAGCUGCCUUCCAGUCAGAACACUGCCUUCCAGACUUAGAACAGCUUUCCAGCCAGUUUGUUAA